CUUCACAGCAGCUCACACACCACAUUUAGUUUGCUUUAUCACAUAUUUCAGUAAAAUCACGUAUUUAGGACUACAGAAGUUCAGGACUGGGAAAGAGAAGCAGAAAAUUGUCUAGCAGAAGUUGCUCUGUAUAAGAGCUCUCCAUCCACCAUGUUGCCCUGUGGACCAGCUUUGACCUUUGUUCGGUGCCUGGUGCGUAAGAAGAAUGUCAAGGGGGAAGGUCUUGAGGACUCGUUGUGCCGAUGCUUAUCUACGCUGGACCUUAUAGCACUGGGAGUUGGAAGUACCCUUGGUGCUGGUGUCUAUGUCCUUGCUGGAGAAGUUGCCAAAUCUAAUUCUGGACCUAGCAUUGUUGUUUCCUUCCUCAUUGCUGCCCUGGCAUCUGUGAUGGCGGGUCUCUGCUAUGCUGAGUUUGGUGCUCGUGUUCCCAAGACUGGUUCAGCAUAUUUGUAUACUUACGUAGCUGUUGGUGAACUGUGGGCCUUUAUCACUGGUUGGAAUCUCAUUUUAUCCUAUGUUAUAGGUACAUCGAGUGUAGCAAGAGCCUGGAGUGGCACCUUUGAUGAACUUCUUGGGAAACAGAUUGGUCACUUCUUCAGAACAUACUUCAAAAUGAAUUAUCCUGGUCUGGCAGAGUAUCCUGACUUCUUUGCUGUAUUCCUUAUAUUGCUCUUGUCAGGUUUGUUAUCAUUUGGAGUAAAAGAAUCUGCAUGGGUGAAUAAAAUUUUCACGGCUAUUAACAUCUUGGUCCUACUCUUUGUUAUGAUUUCUGGUUUUGUGAAAGGAGAUGUUGACAACUGGAGAAUAAGUGAAGAAUAUCUCAUAAACCUUUCUGCAAUAACAGAGAAUUUUUCAUCUUACAAGAAUGUGACAAGUAUAUAUGGGAGUGGUGGCUUUAUGCCAUAUGGUUUCACAGGAACACUGGCUGGUGCUGCAACCUGUUUUUAUGCUUUUGUAGGAUUUGACUGCAUUGCAACAACUGGGGAAGAGGUCAAGAAUCCUCAGAAAGCCAUACCCAUUGGAAUUGUGGUGUCCUUGCUCGUUUGCUUCAUGGCCUAUUUUGGAGUUUCAGCUGCACUGACUCUUAUGAUGCCAUAUUAUCUGCUAGAUGAGAAAAGUCCUCUGCCAGUAGCAUUUGCAUAUGUUGGAUGGGGUCCUGCAAAAUAUGUUGUAGCAGUGGGAUCCCUCUGUGCUUUGUCUACAAGUCUUCUUGGAUCCAUUUUCCCAAUGCCACGUGUAAUCUAUGCUAUGGCGAAGGAUGGGUUGCUUUUCAAAUGUCUAGCUCAAAUCAAUUCCAAAACGAGGACCCCACUAGUUGCUACUCUAUCGUCUGGUGCAGUAGCAGCUAUUAUGGCAUUUCUGUUCGACCUAAAGGCUUUAGUGGACAUAAUGUCUAUUGGCACACUUCUUGCUUAUUCACUUGUGGCAACCUGUGUCCUCAUUCUUAGGUACCAACCCAGUUUAACCUAUGAGCAACCCAAAUAUUCUCCAGAAAAAAUAGCCUUGGCUGCAUCAGAAAGAGAAUCUGCUGUAAGUGAGUCACAGAUAAAUAUGAUACAGGAGAGUCACUUCAGUCUUCAGACUCUGAUUAAUCCAUCCAGUUUACCUACAGAACAGACUGCAACUACUGUUAACUGUUUAGUGGGUCUGUUAGCUUUCUUGGUUUGUGGCUUGAGUGCUCUCGCUACAUAUGGGAUUCAUUUCAUUGCUAACUUGGAGCCCUGGAGUACUGGCCUUCUUGCUGCAUUGGUGGUGUUCUUCAUAAUUACCAUUCUGCUCAUCCAAAGGCAGCCUCAGAACCAGCAGAAAGUGGCCUUUAUGGUUCCAUUAUUGCCAUUUUUACCAUCACUCAGUAUCCUGGUAAAUAUUUAUCUAAUGGUACAAUUAAGUGCAGACACUUGGAUCAGGUUUAGCAUCUGGAUGGCACUUGGCUUCAUUAUUUAUUUUACUUAUGGCAUCAGGCACAGUCUUGAAGGUCAUCACAGUGAUGGAGAUGAAGAUUCUUGUUCGGAAAAUAGUGGGUUGCAAGAAAAGAACCCUGUGGAAGAAAUGGAUGAACCUGAAAGUGCAAAUGAAAGCGAUAAAUUUCUUGCACGUGAAAGGACAAGUGAAUGUUAAUUUAUGUAAACAAUCAAGUCUUUUAAACCUUUAAUUGAUAUUUUACUUGUGGACUGAAAUUUCAAAAGCUUUCUACCAACAUUGUUCCUCUUGAAAGUGUUUACUACAAGGCCUGACUGAUGCUUUGGAUAAGCUGCUAAUCCAUCUUCGUCAUUUCAGAACUGACAGCAUGGAAGUUAAUAUUUAAAUGAAACAAACAAACAAGAGAAGUACUCUUUUGCAAGCAGAAAUCUGGAUGUAUUGUUUGAACUGAUGUACAAAGUUGCUGGCAAUUACAAAAUAUGAAGAACACUUGCAAGAAGUUCAGAAUAUUUUACACUGCAUUGUGAACACAGUGCCUUUUACAUGUCCUCCUUAUUUCUGUUACAUGGUCUGGUGUCCCAAAUAACAAUGCAACUAAAUCAGUAGUAAAAUACCAGGUACUAUUUUUUGUUGCUACAGAAAUCUCAUGGGAGAAAAAUUGAAGAUACCCUGGAAAAUAUUUCCGAAACAAAUGAUAAAUUGACAGACCUGAUGCUUUGCAAAAAGUAGAAGAUCGUGAAUUUAUAUAAAAAUAGUAAAGAAAGAAUUGCUUACCCUUACUAAUUAGUAGCCAUUAAGAACUGAAAUAGAGAAGAUCCUUUAAAGGCUUUAUUUCCCUCUAAAUGCUGUUCAGGAUUUUCACUUCUGUCUUACAUGAAUUCUUUUCACUUCAGAGAUGCUCUUUAUAUAA